AUGCGGUGUAUGGAAGGUUAUUGGGGUCUCCAUCUAACUGAAUUUGACGGUUGCAAACGUUGCGAAUGCGAUAUCUACGGUUCUUUAAGAUCAGAUUGUGACCAGAACUCCGGAAAAUGCGUUUGCAAACCAGGAGUCAUCGGUGCCAAAUGCGAUUUGUGCAAGUUGUCUAGAAAUGCACCAGGACCUGAUCUAUGUGAAGAUAAUGCAAGUUAUGGAAAUGGUGGACAAUUGCCAAGGGAUGAACCCCAACAGACGAAAUCUGUGAGGCAUCUUAUGAAGGUUCCUGGCACGCAUUCUGGAAGGCCGAUAUAUAACUCAGAUCAAUCCUACACCCAUGUUCUGAACCACCAACCCAAAACAGUACACAUGAUACCAGCGCCUCUACUGGGUGAUCUUUGCGAAAUGGACAGUCAUUGUGGAGCCCCGGGCUCUGUUUGUCGUGGAGGCGCCUGUAUAUGUGAACCAUCUGAAUCAGAAAACGAUAGCACAUCUUCCAAAGAGGAAAAUUCAUCAAAAGGUGUUAAAGAAAGAUUGGUGCCGAGUGCUGAUAGAACUGCUUGCAUUCCAAUAACUUCCAAAUCCUCCCCAAAACCCAUCCAAAAUCUACCAGCAACUCCAGGAGUUUGGUUUAACGGUCGUUCCUCCUUGGCAAUCUUACGACCUCCUGCCUCAAUCCUGGACCUAGCCAGGUAUACGGUUUCUCUGCACGUUGAGCUAAAGGCGACUCACCAGGAUGGUGUCAUCGUUUAUGCCCAGGCAAAUCCUACAGGACAUGGUGACAGGAUAGGUUUGGCCCUGAUCAAUGGCAGAGUGGAAUUUUUCUACGAUUUAGGAGGUGGUCCAGUACGUCUGAUGUCUCCAGGAUAUAUUCGGUUAGGAAAACCGUAUCUGAUCCAAGCAAGAAGAUAUAGAAAAGACGGUUGGUUGCGUGUACAACCUCUGGACGCUGAUGAAAACGACCAGGAAGAAAAUAACGAACCAGUAACAGCAACAUCUCCUGGCUCUUUGACUUCUUUAGAUUUGGACAAAUCUGAAUUUUAUAUUGGACGUGUCGCCAGCAACUAUUCGAGGGUCUACAGAAACAUAGGGACAACCCAAGCCUUCCACGGUUGCCUAUCUCUUCUCCAAAUCAACGGCAUGACAGUCAAAUGGCCCCAGGAAAACAAAAAACGCAAACAACCACAAUUCAGAAAACAACAUAAACAACGAAGAACGCCAUUUUGAAGUCAUCCAGACCCCAAAUGACGAAGAAAACAAAAACAAACCCAAAAAAUCUGAUGACGG